AUUGACAAAUUGACCAUUUUGGCAUUUUCAUUUUAUAAAAUGAAACUACAUAGUAGUGGGUGUUUUUUAUGUAAAAAUAUAUAGUUUCUUUUGCAUGUGUCGAUAAAUAGUUUGAACUUUCUGCUAGUGAUUAAACCUUUGGAUGAUAGGUAGUUUAGUUUAGUUCUAACUUAUGAGAAGUUGAUUGAUAAAAAAGAAUGCCGAGCUCCAUUCUAUUCGGUAUAAACAACGAAGGUAGAGUUCACACGCUUUCUACAUCUGGUACGUUUUGGAGAGAACUCACAUAUGCUGGACAAGAGUUCAAAAAGCUAUCAGCCAUACCACAUUUUCUAUGGGCUCUAGGUGGGGACCACCAAAUAUACCUGUAUGUUUAUGGUUUAGAUGUGCCAAUACGGGUAGUAGAAGAAUCUUACGAAAAUGAGAGGUGGUUACCAAUCGAAGGAUUCUCCUCGAGACUCCUACCGACCGACCGCUUCCACUUCUCCAACGCAGAGGGCACCGAAGACAGGUCCAUCGACAAGAUCCGACUGCCCUCAAUGGCGUGGCAGUGGGACGGCGAGUGGCGCAAAGAACUGACCUUGAACGGGCAGCCGCUGGACCACGACGGUUGGACGUACGCCGUCGACUUUCCCGCCACUUACCACCCGAAGAAGCAGUGGAAGAGCUGCGUGCGACGGCGGUGUUGGGUGCGUUGGAGGCGGUACAGUGCUAUGAGCAGCUGGUGCGCCAUCGCGCCCUUGCACAAGGAUGCUACUAAUGAGCCAUUUAUUGAUGUUUCUAUUGGUGGGCAAAAUAUAUCUGGAGCGGAGCCUGGUAUCAUGCUAGUUUGGGCUGUCACCUCUCACAACAGAGUAAUGUUCAGGACCGGCGUCAGCACAAGAUGCCCUGAAGGGGCCCGCUGGAACCACAUUCAGACACCCAACGGCCAUGAAGUAGGCCAGAUCAGCGUGGGCCCUACAGGCCUGGUGUGGGCAACCUUACUAGACGGCAGGGCUCUGGCCAGGACGGGAGUGUCUCGGGACAACCUGCAAGGAGACGCUUGGGCCGAGGUAGUUAGCCCCGGAAGCAACUUGAGGAUAACGCAGGUAUCAGUCGGUACAAAUUCCGUAUGGGCUGUUACUCAAGAUAAGCAAAUUUGGUUUAGGAAGGGAGUAAAAGGAGAAUGCGCAAGCAUGAGCGAAGACUUGUCCAUCGGCUGCGGCUGGGUCGAGAUGGUGGGCAAGAUGGCGCAGGUAUCGGUUACCGGAAACGAUCAAGUUUUCGCGGUAGGAGCUGACGACAGGUUGGUCUACCAUCGCACUAACGUCUGCCUGGAAGACCUGACCGGCAAACGGUGGCGGGCUCUGAGGGCCCCCUUGCAGGUCAGCAGGGCCAGCAGUAACGCUAGCCUCAACAGGGACAAGUUCCAUCGGAGCUAUAAUAAUUUGACCCAGACUCGCCCCAGCAGCAUGAUCGAGCACUCGGCCGCCCAUUGGUCCGACCACCCACACUCCGCCCCCACCGCUCCCGCCUCCCUCCCGGUGGGCGGGGCGGCAGAGGCGAAUGGGCGGUUCGAGACGCAGCCGCGCAACCCGAGGGCGUGGAGCCCCGUGCGCUCGGUGGGGUCGAUCGUCGGCACCGAGGUGCAUCCGGAGACGGACGAGAGCGUGUGGAGCGAGUCGAGCAGGGAGUCAUGCAUCUUCGGGGAGGACGAGGAGCUCGGCUGGGCGGAGUACGAGGCGCCUUGGUCCUGUGUAGAAUCUGGGGCAUGCACCAUCGAUCUCAACCAACUCCCUAACUGGUUCGGCGACACAGCAUCGCCCAAUGCUAGCGAGGAGCUCGAACAGCCGUGGCGGCGAAAAAUCCUGGAAGAUUUGCAGACGAGACUGAUGUCCAAAGAGAAGUACUCGCACUACGAGGCGGCUGUCGAGACGACCUCAUGGGUGCACAGUGGGGAGGCGAGGGUCAGUACUGGUACCACUGGUUCAACGUUCGUCGAUUGCAUUCUGCAGCUGGAGUGGGUGUUAACGAGCGGCACGUUGACAGUUUUGCAUGCUGACGGUGCUUCUGCGAUGUAUUCCAUUAGUUUGUCUGACAUAACCUGCGUACAGUUAUGCAGUGACCCAGGAAACCCAAGACUAGCCGUACACUUACCAAGGCAUCGAACGCCGAUCAUAAAACUACAGUUCAGUAGCGAUUCCUUGCUAGAAGAAUGGCAAGCUCAUUUCGCUUCAACUUGUGGAAAAAUCCAACAUGCACUAGGUAAACCCAGUGAAGAAAGCGUUUGGGCCACAACAGGUUUGGGGGACAUCUUUGUAUGGGACCCUUCGCUCGUAGAAUCCCAUCAACUGCGUGAAGAUGACUUCUACGUUCAAAAAUACAACCUCAGCAAACGCGAAUCACCUUUCAAAGUUGCCCUACAUGCUGGUUGCAUUCCAGGGACUGUAAUAACACUCACAGGUUGUGUUGCGGACGAGGCAGAAAGGAUCGCUAUCAACUUGGAUGCACCUGUCACCUACAAAAUCAAACACAAAUCCCACACGGAACUCGAAAACACCUGCCUGCACAUCAAUCCCCGUUUUUCAGAGGGAUGCGUUGUACGGAAUUCCAUGAUUGACGGAAAUUGGGGUGAAGAAGAGAAAAGUGGCCCAAAUCCGUUCGUACCGGGGCAAGAAUUCACCGUUAAGAUCGAGACUUCAGAAGACGCUUUUUUGAUAAGCGUGAAUGAUCAGACCUUCACUUCGUUCAGACACAGGAUUCCUCCACAGACCGUGUCCAUUUUGAGCUAUUGGGGUAGGAUGCAGCUGUUCAAGUUGGUGAUCAAGAGUCCCGUGCUCAUCAUCAAUAUGCUGGAUCUGUACUGGAGGCAAAUCGGCGGCCACCUGAAGCGGGUGGAGACCUGCCAGGCGGGUGUCACGUGGGGCGUGGGGUACGAUCAUACGGCGUGGGUGCAUACGGGCGGCUGGGGCGGCGGGUGCCUCGGCACCCUUGACAGCCACGCCGUCCAGCCGAUGUCCGAUUCGCAGGACUUCAGGGUGUACGAGAACCAAAGGUGGAAUCCAGUCACCGGAUACACGUCGGCAGGGCUGCCGACCGACAGAUACAUGUGGAGCGACGCGUCCGGCCGCCAGAAACGCACCAGGGACCAGGCGAAGCUGAUGUCAAGCCGGUGGCAGUGGGUGUCCGAUUGGAUAGUGGACUUCCACGUGCCGGGCGGAGUCGAUCGCGACGGUUGGCAGUACGCUGUGGACUUCCCCGCCACCUAUCACGCCAACAAGCAGUUCACGGAUUACGUGAGAAGGAGGAGAUGGUACAGGAGGUGUGCGAUAGCUACUACAGGGCCCUGGCAGGAAUUGGGACACACCAAGCUGCUGGAGGUGUCUCUAGAAGCGGUGAACGACUCUGUAGAUAGUAUGGUUUCUGUGUGGGGACUGGCUUCAGGGGGGCACGCCAUUGUAAGAGUUGGAGUCUCCAGAUCUAAUCCGCUGGGCCACGUCUGGGAUCACGUCAAUGCCGACCAACCCCUUACCAGUCUCAGCUGCGGCCCCUUCAGGCAGGUGUGGGCAGUUGGCAAAAAGGGGUGCGCCUACUGCCGCGCCGGCAUCACCGAGGAGAAGCUCGAGGGUGAGCGGUGGACGAGCGUGGAAGCGCCGCAGGGGAGUCAACUCAAGCAGAUAUCGGUGAACGGCGCGGGCGUUUGGGCGGUGGACCUCCAGGGGCGGCUGCACGUCAGGAGGGAGAUCACACAAACGUUUCCCGAGGGAACGCAUUGGCAGACCGUGGUCGCCGAUCCGCCUGUUCUGAAUUCUGCACCCAAUACGACAGGUUUCAAAAGUGUGAGUGUAGGAAACAGUCAAGUAUGGGCAGUUACGGACGGUGGGGUGAUUCUGAGGCGAGAAGGAAUUUGUCCCAAGAAUCCGGCAGGUUCCGGAUGGGACAUAGGAAUUCCAGGGAACUGGCAGUAUGUAAGUGUGAGGGCCUUCAACUGAGAUUUUUGCUUCAGCAAGUAAUAAUACC